CUUUAAACUUUUAACCUCUCACUGACAUAUAAUUUCGUCUAAUACUAUGUCUGGAUCACAGACCUAUAUAUCACUUUAUGUCUAUAUGAUCUUCUAUGACUGGUCUGUAUCUAUAUAUUAUGGGGAGUAUAACCGUGACCUCCGUGACUAUGUCGAAGGUGCCGGUAUAACUCCAGUGGCGGACUGAAAGGGUUAAUGUGUGCGGCCUACUAACACAUACGACUCAGGCCAAUCACACAGGUCAAGGGUUAUUGAACAGUGGACAGUACUGCUAAUAAACGCAAGUAUGACCCGUGUUGUGGUCAUGUGAUCACGGACUCGAGACAAUGUGUUACAAAGGACAGUCGAGUCCAGGACAGCAAGGCAGUAAUUUAAGGACGGUACCGUACCAUCCUUAGUUUGCUGGACCUUUGGGGCACCAUGCAAGAUUCGUAGACCGCCUUUCUCCAUAUAUCAAAUAAAGUCUAGAUCUAAAUUUAAUCAACAUGGAGGCAUUCACACCAGUUUUUAUAGAUUUAUAUGAUCCACUGAAAGCUGGCAGUAUUGAUGGCACAGAUGAGUACCCACAUGACAGAGCUAUUUCGAGAGCAAUGGGCAGUACAUAUAAGCCAAACAGAUAUGUUCAAGGCAUUCCAGAAUGUACUGUAUUUAUUGGUCGUCUGAGUCCAAAUUCUACAGAAGAAAGUAUUAAAAAGGUUAUGAAGCAAUAUGGAACCAUAGUUCGUGCUAGAGUUGUGAAAGACAUAAUUACAGGCUUUUCUAAAUGUUAUGCCUUUGUUGAGUUUGCGGAUGAGUACCAAGCCAGAAAUGCUGUUCGAUCUGGUAAUAAAACACUCAUUGAUGACUUUGAAGUACUCGUUGACUUAGAAAAAGAAAGAACCUUAAAAGGGUGGAUUCCUCGUAGGCUAGGUGGAGGCCUUGGAGGAAAACGAGAAUCUGGUCAGUUGCGAUUUGGUGGUAAAGACAGACCAUUUAGAAGGCCAAUUUUGAGACCAGAUAUAAGCACAGAGAAGUCUGAUAAAAUGUUAAUGAAGAGAAAAAUGUAAAUUUAUAUGAUGACAGUAUGCUAAAGAAUAUUCCAUAAACUAUGAUGUGGACACUCCUCCCCCGACCCAUAUAUAUAUAUCCUAUGGAUAUUAAUUUGUUAACUAGCACUGUUGCAGUUGAACAGCACUAAGCUAAAAGAACAAAUGUGUAUUUUAAUUUAUAGUUGUGAAAAAUAAUGAAGAAAAAAAGUUGAUUAAAAAUACCUGUAUCAUAAAAUUUGACCUAAAUUUCUCAUUCAUGUUGUUUUUCAAUUAAUGUAUGUUAACCUACAAUAAUUUAAUUAACAAGUUUGUAAUUUUUCAGUUCUCUUUUCUUUUAAUACACAUUAUUUACAAUAUUUUGCACAAUUAAAGUCAUGUUCUACAUGUAGGUUAUUACUUGCACCUUAAAUUACUAGUUCAUAUUAUUAUAAUUUAAAUUACGGGUAUGUUAAUUUUUUGGGGGGUAACUCCUUUGAAGCAUUUCAUUCAGAUUGGCAUUUUUAAUAAGUUAAUCUGUAUAUUCUACCAUACAACAUGGAACAGAAAUUAUCUUAGUUGUUUUUUGUACCACACUAAUAUAUUCAUUGCAAUAGUUAUGGAAUAUGAUCUACUUAGACUCGCAUAACAGUAUUUAGGUGGUUGAUAUUGGGAAAUUACUGUAUCUGGAGGAGGCUAAUGAAGCACUUCAGUCAAUCAACACCAUGGUUAAGAAAAACUAGACAAUUUUAAAUCAUUCAUGGUUCAGGGCAGUCAGUGUCGCAUAAUCCUAUCAAGGGGGUUCGAGUUAGAAGCCACAUGAAAAGAAAUAGGACUGCAGUGCACUAAGCUAGCUAUAGUAAGAAAGAUACACAAUAAAAAAGUGUUAAGAACAAGAAUAUAUAUUUUUAAAAAAGCUUAUCCAAGGGGAAGAACUCCAUGUAAAAACAUGUCAGUAUGGUAUGAUUUAUUUCCCUUUUUGAUAUUGAACAAAAAAAAUAAUUUGCAAUUAAUUUUUUUUUAGGCAUAGUGAAUAAUUGUAUGCAAGUUCACACAUUAAGUAUUUUGCUUUCAGUAGUUAACAAUAAAACAAAGCAUGGCAACCUUUAAGCUCCAGUAGACUUAAUUGUCCAUCAAUGCAAUUUUUUGUAAUGUAGGCCCUAUUAAAGAGUUUAAUAAAUUAAUGCUCAAGAUUAUUUUGAACAAGUGUUCUAAAUCUAAAGGCUUAUCAUUAGAAUAUUAUAAAGUCUAGUAGAUUCAUACAUUUGAUUAACGUUGACUUUAAUGCGCCUUUUUUUUUAAUUAAAUCUAACAUUCAUUAGUUAUUUAGAGCAAAAUAAUUGCUCUCUAUAAGUGGUAUAAAGGAGGUUUUGUUUUUCUUGUAUUUAAUCAUUCACAAUUAUAUAGCUACACCAUUUCAAUCUACUGGACCCUUGAAUCAUGGGGCAUGAUGUGAUAAUUACUUAAAGCUAUUCACCCGUAAUCAUGCAUUAACGUACCAUUGCAGCAGGCAGGUUGGUACAGCCCAUAUUGUCCAACCAGCUGCUUUUCAAUGGACAUUUUCAACAUUCUCCCUUUAUAGUUUAUCUUAAAGGAAAUUCUGGGCCACUGAUUUAUAGUUUCACUACAAUGUCUAAACCUAAUGCAUUCUACAUAUAAACUAGUUAAACCAAAGGAAAGACAAAUCAACUUGAUUUUAUUUCAUAACAAAAAAUAUUUAAGAGUCCUACCACUAUUACUACAUUUAUUUAAAGAGAGUACAUAAAUCAUUGUUAAAGUGAACAAAUUUUACAGGUAAGCAAGAUAAAAUUAUACCGGUAAGUUAUAAAAGUUAUACAAUGUUAUUGAAUGAAUGAACUACCUGUAUUACAUAAUCUAACUGUAAUCUUUAGAAUUGAGCCAAAUAUAGUAUUUUACUUUAAUGAGAUUCAGUCUAUCAAAUGUCUAAAAAGUAUUUGUAUUAGACCUGUUAAGAAAAGGACGUGAAAGCUGCUAAAAAAUCCUGUAUGACUGUUACUGUAUUAACAUGCAUUUCAUGACACCAUUUAAAAAAGAAAAAUUUUUCUAGAUUGUAAUGUAAUUUUUUUCUUAUUCGGUUAACAUUUUUAGGCAAUGAAAUACAUUUUUUUUUCAAUUUAAGUAACUUCUGUUUAACUUAAAUGGCCUGAGAAGUAAUUGUUAUUGGAAAUAAUAAAUAAAAAUAAGAAGAUGCCUACCAAUAUCAAUAGUUAUGUGAGCAUUAGUCAAUCAAAUGGAUUUAAUGCUUGUCAAAAUAUUAUAAUGUGUAAUUUAUUUAUCAUUUUAUAUAUACAGAGAAACUUACAACAUUUACAAAUGAUCAACAAAAACCUAUUUUUGCAAACAAACAAAAAAAAAUGGCUUAAUUGCUAAAUGUGCAGUGUUUUAUUUCAAAAUCUACCUGAUUUGACAACACAACAAAAACCAAAAUUGUCCUUAAAAUAAAAAAAAAAGCUAUGUCCUAAAAAAAAAAAAA